CAGUAGGUUGAGCAGCAUACAGAAAGGGCAGCAUCUUAACUGACAGUUCCACAUGCCUCUUUCUGAUGAGUGAUUCAGAGCCUGGACUAUUCUUCCCACAGCAUUUCUGAUAUGACAGCAAACAACUCAGGGUAUCUUCUGAGCAGCUGGUUCAACAUGAAGCAAAGAUCAAGGAUCCUUUUCUGCUCACUUGUGCUUCUGGUGCAGUUUUGCUGCUACCUUGAAGUAGUUGCUGAGGAAGACCCCCAACAACCAGCUAGAGGAUCUUGUGCAAAUUGGAUGGCAGGAACACCAGGCUACCCAGGCCACAAUGGAGCCCCAGGGAGAGAUGGGAGAGAUGGAAGGGAUGGAGAAAAAGGAGAGAAAGGAGAACAAGGUGCACCUGGCCCAAAGGGAGACAGUGGAAGUUUAGGAACUGCUGGAGCCGAAGGCCCUCAAGGAGCACCAGGGGUUUCCGGAAUCCCUGGGCUGAAAGGGGAAAAAGGAGACAGUGCUACUGCUUAUCGAUCUGCCUUUAGUGUUGGUUUAACAGCCAGAGUCCCUUUUCCUAAUAUUCCCAUCAAAUUUACAAAGAUCUUCUACAAUGAGCAAAAUCACUAUGAUACAACAACUGGGAAGUUCCGGUGCAGCAUCCCUGGUGUAUACUAUUUUGCGUAUCAUCUCACAGUGUAUUCCUCAGAUGUGAAGGUCAGCUUGUAUAAGAAGGACAAAGCAAUCAUCAUCACUUAUGACCAGUAUCAGAAAAAUGAUGUUGACCAGGCAUCUGGUUCUGUUUUGCUCCAUGUGGAAGCUGGGGAUGAAGUCUGGCUUCAAGUAUAUGGAGAUGAGGAAAACAAUGGUGUCUAUGCUGAUAAUGUUAACGAUUCUACUUUUAUGGGAUUCUUGCUUUAUCCAGACACGAGUUAUGAGCAAUAGAAUGUAAAACUGGGAGGCAAAAAGGUGGAAGAAUAAAGUUGGAUUAUGUUUUUUGUAGCAUAAUUCUGUAUUUUGUCAGUCUAAGCAAACAUAAUAAAUUUAAUUCAAAAGUAUAGCCAUGUUAGCCUGGAAAAUCAGUAUGCAAAGGUCAGCUUGUAUAAGAAAGACAAAGCAAUCAUCAUCACUUAUGACCAGUAUCAGAAAAAUGAUGUUGUAACACCUUUGAGACUAACUGAAAGAAAGAAGUUGGUAGCGUGAGCUUUUGUAGACUUCAGCCUAGUUUCUCAGCCUAAAACGCAUUUGAGGAGGUAGGUUGAAGUCUGUGAAAGCUCAUGCUACCAACUUCUUUCUUUCAGUUAGUCUCAAAGGUGUUACAAGAUCCCUUUCUAUAACAAAUUGAAUUUAGCUAGAUUCUGAGUAGCUUGCACAUUCAUUGCUUGAAUAUUGUGGUGAGUUGAACAUGUGAAUGAGCAAACCAUCACAGACAUUAACUCAGCUCUCAGCCACAAUGCUACUUAGUAGAGACAGCCCACAUUUUCAGCAAGCCAAUGUCAGAAGUGUAAUGAUCAAAUAUAGGCCUGCAUACUAUUGGCACUUAUGAAAAUCUCAUUGAUUCCGUUGGUUUACUCUAGCUGGGACUGAAAAUAGAAUUCAGCCCAUGAUGACAUGUAGUGAUAUCGAUAGACAAGUAAUCCAUAAUUCAGAAUACGUUCAGCAAAGAUAGUUACCCAAACUGUUAAGCGAUGAGUGUUACUUAUUUAUAGUUUUACUAAAAAGUAACUAACAGUGAAUUCAAUAAAUAGGAAUAUAGAAAAACCAGAAUGUAAUAAUGAGGUACAAUAAUUGUUUUAUAUUAACUAACAGAAAGAUGAUUGCAUCUAACAGCUGGGAGCAUCAUAAUAAAGGUGUUGUUUUCAAAGUAGUUUCUCAUUAUAUUUGAAUUACUUUCUCAGAUGUAUUUGAAUACAUAUUCCUUUUUUCUUUAAUGAGUUACGUGUGACUUCUGCAGUACCACAAGUGAUGGAUACAGUAUGUACUUCAAUAAAAAAGGGUUUGAAAAAGAAUUUGAGGCAUACUAAAAGUUUAACUGAAUUACAAAUAAAAACUACUGUUCAGUCACCGUUCUGUUUCACAUUUCGUCUAUCCUUAAAUUAGAUUGCUUAGUGGGGGGCAAAGGAUGAAACAAGUAGAAACAACGAUUUCCACAGUGAAACCUAUACAGUUUUAAUUCUUCAGAUAAUGUGUCUCCUGGCAAUUAAUGAUUCAAAACAUUUGUGCUGGUGUUGGACACCAGCCAACAUUAUGUCAUUCUUUAGCAUCCCCUUAAUUUCUCUAUAUUAUAGAAAUGACCAUUACAAAAUGUACAUUCUUUUGAGAGAAUGUUAUAUGGCGUCCAUAUGUUUCUAGUUUUGUGUUGUUCAUUUCCAUACCUUUUUCCUUUCUCGCUCACUGCCACACACCGAGACCAUUUCUUUAUGAUAACAAGAAAAGCUUGUGAAAAAAAUUAUGUUUAACACAGUUUGCCCAAAGCAAGUCAUAUAUGUGAAUGCAUCAGAAAUGCCCUUAUUGAGAGAAUACCCUAAAGGCCUUGAACAUUAGAGCGAGAAAUGUCAGUGCUGGAUUUAGUAACAUUUAGUUUAAUGUUAGAUUUAAGAACAAUUGAACACAUCCAACUCAGGAAGCCCCACUAGGCAUCUUAAUGAAAAAAAGAAGGGAAAGCAUACACUGUGUGAUACAAUAGGAUUACGAGGCCUAUGUAGAAAAUAAAAUAUAAUCUACGAAAUAAGAUUACUGUGAUUUUUUUUAAAUGGAUCCACUAAACCAUUACAAUGCGUAAAAGUUAUUAUGUAAGGAGAGUGCCAGGCAGUAGCAGCAUUCUGAAGGAGGUCAAGGGCCCAUGGUUUAAAUCUCCUACAAUGCCAAAGGAUAGUUUUUAUUCAGAGAGGUUAUGGCAAAUUUACAUGGUAAUUAGGAGCAACCAUCAGCUGUAAAGAGGACCAGAAAGGCAAGUCUGAUACUAACUCUACUGCAGGUACAGUUAGCAAAAGUUACAGAUGAGAAGAAAGGGAUGGAUUGUUGUCAUAGCAACUGCACGGUUGUGGCAAUAAUCCGCUGCCAAAAGGAGCUCUGAAAUGGAGCUCCUUGUCGCAAUGCUGCCAAGGUGCCAUUUGUGCCCUGGGGUGUCGUGGUGAUGUCAUGCAUGCGCCGAGUUGUUUGGACGUGGUGCACGCGUGACAUCAUCAAUAUGCACGCUGUGUGGAUGGCGCUGCGUAACCAUGGUACCAUCCACAUGAACUAUGGCUUGGGAGCAUGCGGUUGCUGCAUGCUCCCAAGCCCUAGUUUUGGCCGAGAGCGCC